AUGGCGAAACUCAAGGCACCUGAAGAACUCUCCACUAAUGUGAAUACUAUCAAAGCUCGCAACUGCAUCUCCAACCUUACUGAAGAUGAGAAGGCUGUUCACUUAGCACUCAAGGCUGACCAUGCUGAUCUGAGCUACUACUUAAAGAAGUUAUAUAAGUCUGCAAAGUAUAUCGCUGCCUCUACUGAAGACAAGACACGUCUACAGAUAUUUGUGACUGAGAAGGGUACCCAUGCAUCUUGCAUUGCAAAUCAGAAAGUCAAGAAUAUUAGCGCCUCUUCUUCUUCUCCACAAGCCCCACCAUCUACUCUGCCACAACUUCUGUCUGAGCUUGCUGCAUUUGAGGGUAUCUCAAGUAUCCCAAUCGAUGACGAUCAUAACAGCGAAUGGGAGGACUGA